AUGAAGUUGGACAUAAAUCAGAAACUGGUUCAACUGACACAAACCAUGAUAAGAAAUCUAGACUCGAAUCUGCAGGCGGUUAAAGCAAUAAAACUUAUGACACCAAUGCGGAUAUGGCUUUCACUUCAUCGGCUGGCGAACGUUCAUGUUCUGAAUUUUCCUCGUUGUUUAGAGGCCGUGCUAAAAGACCAAAGUGUUCCUUAA